AUGCUCAAAUCGCUGCUCCUAUCGACUUGCCUCUCAUUGGCCUUGCAAUGUAGUGCAAUAGCACCAGCUGCAACAGACUUGUCUUAUGUCGUUCCGCCUCCUGCGGCUGAUGGGGGAAAGACAUGGAAGGCGGCCCAUUCGCGUGCACAAGGGCUGGUUGCUCAGAUGACAUUGCAAGAAAAGGUCAAUCUUGUAACUGGCCAAGAAGGUCCCUGUGCAGGUCAGACAGGCAAUGUCACACGGCUUGGAAUUCCACAGAUGUGUUACCAGGAUGGUCCUGCAGGACCUCGACCUGGAAACAUACAAUUUCCUUCCGGAGUGACUACAGCUGCUACCUGGGAUGUAGAGUUGAUUUAUGCGCGUUCCUUGGCGAUGGGCAAAGAAUUUUAUGACCUGGGAAUCCAUGUGGCCAUGGGUAUUAUUACUGGUGGACCGCUUGGCCGUUCCCCGAGAGGAGGUCGGAACUGGGAAGGAUGGUAUGCAGACCCGUAUGCCACCGGAAUCGCAUCGUGGCAUGGGGUCAGGGGCCUGCGAGACUCGGGUGUUCAGGCACUGGCAAAACACUUCAUUGGAUACGAGCAGGAGACUUACAGGAACCCAUUCAAUUUUACAGAACCGUAUAGCAUCUACAAUGCAUCUGAGCAGGUCCCUAUCUCCAGCAACAUCGACGAUAAGACAACCCACGAAAUAUACCUCUGGUCAUUUGCUGAGGCUGUUCGUGCUGGCAUAACACAUAUCAUGUGCGGGUACAAUUCUGUGAACGGCACUCAUUCGUGUGCCAAUUCCGAGUCCAACAACAAGAUGUUGAAGUCGGAAUUGAAUUUCCAGGGAGCUCUUGUCAGUGAUUGGGGAGCCACUUGGGGAACCCAAGCGUUUGUUGAAGGCGGACUCGACGCAAAUUUGCCAGGCUUAGGCUUUGGUAAAAUUCUAGGGCCAUUUUACGACACGGAGCUCUACAGCAUGGUCCAGAAUGGAACAAUCAAAGAAGCUCGUUUAGACGACAUGGUUACCAGAAUGAUUGUUCCACUUAUCGUGACGGGCCAGAUCGACAAACCUCUUCCAUCCACUGUGACCACAAUUCCAGGGAUGAUAAACCGACCAGUUACUUCGUCUGCCGAGGUUGAUGGCAAAAAGUUAUCCGCCGUUGAAAUAGCGCGAAAAAUCUCUGCCGAUGGAACCGUCAUGCUGAAAAAUACUGGCGCAUUGCCUCUCCGCAAUCCUCGAAUCAUCGCAGUCAUUGGCCAAGAUGCGGGCCCGAAUCCUCUUGGUAUUCAGGGUUGUGGUGCAUUAUACCGUAACUGUGGAAUUCUGCAGAAUAACGGAACACUCAGUCUUGGUGGUGGAUCCGGAUACACCUGGGCAAACAACCUGGUUACACCCCUGGACGCAAUCCAAGCCAAAGCACGCGAAACCAAUGCUUUCCUUCAAUAUGUGAUUGAUAAUACUGCUGAGGAGCUAGUUUACGAUACUCUGACAGGUAGUGGACUUGCAGUAUCUGCUCCAGAUGUUUGCCUUGUCUUCGCAGACAGAUAUCAACGGGAAAACAUGGACCGCAACGAUCUUGGCCUGAAUAUCGGAAACUGGACACGCUCGGAAGACAUUAUUAUGGAAACUGCCGCCAAUUGCAAUAACACGAUCGUGGUGCUUCACGUUGGUGGGCCAGUGAUCAUGGAAGGCUGGAUCGAGAACCCCAAUGUGACUGCUGUGCUUGCUCCUCUUUAUCCUGGCGAGCAAACAGGUCCUGGCUUAGUUGAUAUUCUGUGGGGCGAUGUUUCUCCAAGUGCCAAGUUGCCAUUUACUGUGGGGCGAAGCGAGUCGGAUUAUCCUCCACACACCAUAUCGGAUGAGCACAGUAUUACACCUCAGGCAGACUUCACUGAAAAGCUGAAGAUAGACUAUCGGUGGUUCGAUACUUACAACAUCACGCCUCGCUUUGAAUUCGGGUUUGGUCUAUCUUACACUUCAUUUGAAUACUCCAACAUCAAGAUCGAUUCGAAGGAAUCUUCGGAUAAACACUCUAUCCAGUCAACCAACGAAGAAUUCGUCGGCCAGACUGCUGGCCAAUCUAUUUAUGAUGUUAUCGCUACAGUAACAGCUGACAUCACUAAUACUGGAAAAUAUACUGGCUCUGAGGUAGCCCAACUGUACGUGGAGUUCCCUGAAAUCGAAGAGGAACCCCCGAAACUCCUUCGAGGCUUUACCAAGAUAAAGAAUAUGGAGCCUGGCCAUCGUCAGAAGGCAUCAUUCCCUAUCCGCCGAAAGGAUGUCAUGAUCUGGGACGUUACAGAACAGAAAUGGCGAUUCCCGAUAGGUGAAUCUGUGAAGUUUUAUGUCGGCGCUUCCUCGCGCAAACUGCCCCUUGAAAUUGCACACAGUCUGAAGCUCUGA